GUUUUUUUACCGUUCACCAUCGAGACUCAAGACGAAAAAGGAGGAGACAGAGGAAGAGAGAAACAUCGAGACGGAGGAGGAGGGGGGAGUGCUGUCGCCGUUAAUCGUGAUGUCUUCUACUGCUGCUGCUGCUGCAUCGCCGACUGAUCCAACCACGGUCGACGGCGCCGCACCUGUCUGUGCCUCCGCUUCCCCGCCGGUAAUCUACUGGUGCCACCAGUGCGACAUGAGCGUCACCAUCCUUCCUUCACGAUCGCCCCUGAUCUGCCCCGACUGCUCCCGCUCUGAUUUCCUUGAAGAAAUGGAGCUCACCCCCACGGCCAGCCACCUCCUCUCCACCUCAUCCUCCUCUUCCUCUUCGGGCCCUGCCCCUCUUCUCCAAUCCCUCCCCAUCGCCCUCACCGAUUCCGACGACGAAGGAACCAGAUCCGCCUCGGACCCCGAGGAGCGCCUCCGUACGAUUCCUUCCCGUGCCUCGCGCCUCAGCCGCCUCAUCGCUCGACUCGCAGAUGGAGGCGGCGAAGAUCCUCUUCCUCUCCUCCCGCCAUCCGCCCCCGCCCGCUCUGGCUCCUUUCCUGCCUCUGCCACUUCCAUCGACGCCCUCCCCACCGUAUGCAUCUCCGAGGCUGACGCCGCUGCCGUCCCCUGUUGCGCCGUUUGCAAAGAUGAGUUUGUCCUUCGAUCUGCCGCCCGGCGCCUCCCCUGCUCCCAUCUUUACCACUCCGAGUGCAUCGUCCCUUGGCUAUCCCUCCACAACUCCUGCCCUGUCUGCCGCUCCCCUCUCCCUGCCCUCGGUGAAUCUUCAGUCGCCGUCGGUGCACCUGUACGCUCCUUAGGUGUCUCGGCGGUGGGCGAAGGAGUUGAUGACGCGCUGUCGCUGGCCCUCGCCGCGGCCGAUGAGGAAGCCACGGCGCUGACGGCUGCGCUAUGGCAAGUGAGGACGAUGCAUCGCCUAUCGUUCCCUAUUCGGUCCUUUACAUCAGCGACCAUGGACGCGGCGCUCUUUCAGAUGGAGCAUUUGGAUGUAACACUGGCGGAUGGCGGGGGGACGCUCUCACCGGAUUGUCAAGUGGAACGGCAGGGAGAAGCCAUGGGAAGUAGCUCCAACGGUGGCGAUAAUACGACCCCGCCUGAGAUUAGGGAGAACUUCUUUUAGUACGAAUUCCUGAUGGUUCAUGUUAUGCAAAGACUUGAGUUUGCUGGAUUUGGCCGUUGGACUUUGGAUGUAUAUUAGCGAUCCCUUGUUGUCUCCAUGGUGCAGUAGUCACAGGUACAUGAAAUCUACAACAAUAAUGGUUGUUCUGGAUGCAGUCAAUAUAGCAAUUUGCCUAAUAAUUUUGUUGUUGUUGCUUUUUAUUGAAUUUAUUCCCGAGUUAUAUGAAAUUAAAUUGGUUACCAGUAUUUGGAUGGUUGUAAUGCAGUUCAACAGCUCAUAUUAUAUUUUUAGUUUUAAAUUGUAUUUUUGGUA